AGGAUGAUUUUGUGGUCAUUCAUACAUCCAUACUUACUCAUUCAAGGGCGCUCCAAGCUGGGAUGAAAAGUUUCUACGCGUGCUUGUAACUGGAUUCGAGGCUACAUUUUGAAAGUUGUUGAUAUUUCCCAAGCAGAUGCACUCUCUUUGUAGGCCGGUCACUUGCUCAUUAUACGAGUUCAAACAUCCACAUCAAAUUUAUCGCCUUUAUUCAAUGGGUAGUCAGUCAAAUCCAAGAAGAAAAUCAACCAAGGAGACUCCUGAAGUAACGCUUUCCUCGACGUCUACCGGCCAUCCUCAAGAUGAUAGUUGGCCUUACACUGUCUAUUCCUCUGCGCCUAUCAUUGAUCGCAAAUCUAAAUUCAUAGCCCACGCAUCAAGUCUCCCUAACAUCUCGCUCUUACCUUCUUUCUUGCGCCAUCUCAGCAAAUCUCCUCAACUGAAACGCUCAACGCAUUUUAUGUACGCUUAUCGCACUGCAGGCGCUAAUGUUUCGGGCCAUAACGACGGUGGAGAAUCAGGUAGCGGUGAGCGGCUGUCGCGUUUGCUGGAGUUGACGCAAUGCAAGGACGUGAUAGUCGUGGUGUCGAGAUGGUAUGGUGGUGUGCAACUAGGAUCCGAUCGCUGGAAAAGAAUUUCAGACGUUGCCAAGGAGGCUCUCAGUAGGGGAACCUUCAGCGUAAGGCGCGAAGCUAGAGAAGGCAGUACCGUGAAAAGUCGUAAAUAGCUUGGUAAUCAUGAAUUGUCCAGAAGGCGAGCGGAAUUUGAUUUGCUGGGCUACGAUCGGAUAAAACUGCUCGUUGAAACACUUCUGGGCCA